AUGUACAAAUCUGCCAUUGCGUCGCGGUGCACGGAUGUGGAACGGCGACCGGUGCCAUGUUUGGCGCGGUGCGGACCACCAGGCCGUGGGCGAGCCGCAACCAACGUGAUAUUGCUGCAGAGCGAGCUCUGUUCUGGGGGCGGGUCGAAAGGCGGGCGAUUUGCCGAGCUCCGGCUCAGAUUCACUAUUCUUUCCGCGCAAGCAACCCCAGAUCCUCAUAUUACCUCAGCGAUUAUCACAUCGAUCAGGACAGAAAUUAGUGCCGGAGGCCAAAAUUCAUGGUUUGAUCGAUUUUCCUCACAUCCAACAUCCGCACUCCUAGACUUCAGUUUCAAAUACAGUUUUGCUCGAUCCUUCUGCGCCAGUUUGAGUAAUGACCCAGACCUCAAGAAACGACGAGCCGGAGAGCAAGACAGAGCCCCUAGAGUCGGACCCCCUCAUGUCGAGAAACUCCUCUGUCCUCACACUGACCACGCCCCAGCUGUACUCGAUCUACGGUGGCGGCGAAAAUCUGAUAGAUGCCCAAGACGCAGAAGCUUCGAACGAUAUUUACGAGAACCUCAAGGAGAACAUUCAGAAGCGGAGUCCAGACGACAUUCCUAA